AUGCCUGCCUUCUCAAUGCAUCACUGCCCCAAGUGCGGUCGUGUUGGCAACAAGCGGUGCAUCGCAAACGGCCACUACGCCGAUUGCGAGGUCCACCCGGGCUCGUUUCACUCCAUCUACACGGAGUGUGUCAAGUGCGCCAACCAGCGGCAGAUUGACGAGCAGGAGCAGCGCGCGGCCCUAGAGAGGGCUAAUCAGGAGGAGGAGAAUGCCGACAAAAAUGACAAGAAGAAGAACAAGGCCAAGACCAAGACCCAAAAGGCCAAGCCCGAUUCCGAGAAAAGCAUGAAGCAGCUCCGGAAGGAGAAGAAGGAAAAGCGGAGGAUGGACGCCAGCGAUGACCCUUCCCCUCCCUGCCGAAAGACCACAGGAGACAAGACUCUGAAGCAGAUCAGAGGUGCUUAUGUGAUAGAGCAGAACAAGAAGAAGAAGGCUGCGAAAGCCAAAAAAAACAAGGACUCCAGAGGCAUUGCUGAUCUUGACGGCCUCAAACAAAGGGCAAAGGCUUGGGUCAACACGCUCUUCAUCAACGCUUACUAUGAGUCUCUCAAGGCAACUUGGUUGAUUUUUGCGAGACAACCAAAAAGAUUGGGGCUUGGGAAGGCCUUCUACGAUGGCAAGGUCCGAAACAGCCCAGGGUACAAAGUAGGAGGUCGAGGGAUGUCAACAAACAGUGGAUAG